UUGUCAUUCUAGAAAGAACUAGCCUGUGAGACGCUUCGUUUUAUGAAAAGCUUAUAAGUUCCGCCAUUUUGUUUUGUAACUGUGAUAGUUAUUUUUGAUCAUUAAUAUUUUAUUUCUUUCGACCACCAUAGAACAUUAAAACACCAAAAUGAGUUACGGUAGACCACCGCCACGUAUAGAUGGCAUGGUAUCACUAAAAGUGGAUAAUCUUACCUAUAGAACAACCCCAGAAGAUUUGCGUCGCGUUUUCGAAAGGUGUGGUGAUGUCGGCGACAUAUAUAUACCACGAGACCGAUAUACGCGAGACAGCAGAGGAUUUGCUUUUGUCAGGUUUUAUGAUAGAAGAGAUGCUGAAGAAGCAUUAGAUUCUCUGGAUGGGCGCAUGUUGGAUGGAAGGGAGCUUCGCGUUCAGAUGGCGCGUUAUGGCCGUCCAUCCUCACCCUACAGAAGCCGAUACGACCGUCGGAGAAGCUACUCGCGUUCACGGUCUCGUUCACGUCGUCGAUCCAGGUCCCGCUCCAGGAAGCGCUCAUACUCUCGCAGCCGUUCCCGUUCACGUUCGAAGUCCAGGUCACGCUCGGACUCCAAGAGCUCCCGCGGCAGGUCUCGUAGCCGCAGCCGCAGCCGCUCCCGUUCCAGACAUUGAAGUGCGGGGUUGAGAGUACCAUAGUGAGCUGAAAGGUUGUGCUCCCUGCCUCUGAGCUGGCAGCCUUCAGCCCAGGUACUAGAACACUCCUAAACAAUAAGACCUAUAGACCUAACUAUGAGCAACAUAGUGGUAAACUUGCAACAAAACAUCUAGUUUUAAGUUUUCAAUUUAUUGUAAUAAUUGUAUAUUAAUAAUUUUUCUGUUUUCAUGUACAAGUUUGUGAAUGUGUUAACACUUACAUUUUUCAACUAACUGCCCAUUCUUAAAGCUGAUGGAUUAAUGUAUAUUGUCAAAAUUGUAUUAUUAUAUUUUUUUACUUAAAAUGUUUGAAAGUUUUAGUGUGAUAAUUUGAUUUAAAUAGACAAAUGUUAAUUUCAAAUCAAGUUGAUGAGAUUCAAUAAAUGUAUUUUUAGAAUGUGAUUAAUCUCUAACUCUUAGAUAUGACUGUAAUAGUCGUAAGAUGUUAUUUCAGGUUAAAUUAUAAAAUCGGAAGAUCAUGUUCUCCAAAUUGGGUUAAAUUGGGCAUAUUAUAGGACCACCUCAAGACUUGGUAAAUAGCACUAAAGUCAUGUCAAUGUUUAUAUCAAUUUAAAUUUGUGUUAUUUUUAUUUUUUUUUUGUAUAUGUAAGCUGUAGGGUUCAGAACAAAUUUCAUAUUUUGAAAGUUGUGCAAGUAACAUGUUUGUUGCAAAAUUUUGUAUUAGGACUAAGUUUAUAUGUAUCAUAAGCUUCAUUCACAUCAAAUUAAAGUUUAGCCACAGCAUUACAAUAUUAACAGAAAUGUUGGUAUGCUCAGGGCAUGGAGUAUGCGGGGAGCGAGGCUGUUUGCGGGGAGGGGGGUUUUGCGGUUUGCUGACAACUGCUGAAUUGCUGUUGUUGCCGAGCAUAAGUUAUGAGUAAUCUUUUAUAUUUAUUGCAAAACUCAAGUCACACAUAAUUAGGUCCAGACAGAUGUGUACAUGAAGUUCUACAUCUGAGUUAGAAUCAGUAUAAUUAUGUGAAUGUCAACUAUCCCACUUUUAGAAUGUAACUAGAGAUUAGUUGUAAUUAUUAGAUGCGUGUUGUUUAAUUAAAGAGCAUUAUCAUAGAUAUUGUAAUUUCACGAUAAGAUUUAGAAAUCAAAAACAAUAUUUGCAUAGUGGGUAAUGUGUGGAUUUGUUUGGCAGGCCGGUGCUGCUCGCUGGCCUGUUUGCUGUGGCAGUUUCCUGUGCUGAUUGCUGUGAUUUGCAGAUACGUGCGUCUAGGUUACUCUAACGAUGCAGGAUUUCUCUCCCUCCCUGCCUAUAAAUUUCUAGAAGUACAUAUAUUUUAAUAUCUGAUUUUACCUCCUUUUAGGGAAAAGGUUUAUUUGCACGACAAAAAUGACACAAAUUUGUGUUUUUCAUUUUAAGAUUUGUAUUUAAUUAUAAUAAAAAAACCUUUUCUUUAAAAAAUUAACUACUCAACAAGAGAGAAGAAGUCGGAGCGAUGUGGAUGGAACACCAGGUUCGGAUGACAACACUCGUUUCAAAAUCUUUAAAUAAAAUAAACAAUAGAUGAUAUA